AUGGUUCAGACUAUGUACAUAACAAUACCGUGUUCGUUCAGGCGGACGAAUUAUGGACCAAGUCGUUCGUUGCGGCACGCAGACGACGCCGUGUACAGAAAAGCGGGGUCAAGACGCCAUCGAGUGGUGCUUGCACAACAGGUGAACGGUCCCGAGGGGCAGCAACGAGCUCUGGUGACGAGCGCUCGCGACUUGCUCGCACUACGCCCGCAAAUAGAUGUUGAGAAGAUCGGCAACAGCUCAGAGGAAAACUUACGAGCCUUUAUCAAAACUCGAGCGUCCCUAGUUCCGGAUCAAGAAGUCGUGUUUUGGUUUGGCGGCGAGAUUCACGCCUACAUCGCUGACGCGGGUGCGCGACACAUCCUCGGCUUCGAGGGUUACAAUAUCGCGCGCUGCGUGAAAGUAGAAGGCGGCUGGCGCAUUCUCACCCGCGAAGUAGGACUGUAUAGGGAUCCGGACAAUCGUCGAAUUCUACACGGAACUUGGAACAACCCGUUCACGGGAAUGGAGAAUCAAGUCGUUCACGUUUGGAACGACCCGGUCAACCUGCAGUUUCUGGAGAAGAAUCCGCGUGAUGGCAAACCAUUCUUGGUUCCGUUCACACGCGUCGGGGCAGACCUCUGCUGGCAUAUUGAAAUUUUCCUCCGUUACCCGAAUCCGUUGCCGCCAUCCGAGUUCCCCGCUGAGUCAGCGAGCCCCUUUUAUGAGAGCGCGGAGCUCUUCCAACUUUACGCACGCGUGGAUGAUCUUCAUGAUUCGAAUCUCGUAUCCGUUCCAUGCCAGGGCAGUUGGGUUCGCAUGGGUCAGUGGCUACCCUGGAUGGAGAUGGGUGAACGCCCUGGCCGUCUCGUGUAUCAUUGCUUCACGAAGAAGCUCGAGAACGGGUACCAGGAUCUACCCGAGGACGUCCGUGCAUACGUCGAGGAACACCAUCCAGAGUACAUGCACGCACCGUCGAAUUACAUGACACCGAACGAGACCAGUUGGACAUAUUUUCGCAAAUUGCUGGCCCAGAAGGGUUCACCCCGCGCCGACGGUACGAUUGCGAAGCGCGAUGCCGGCGCUUGGGAGCGCACAGCUUCACCACUGGAGAGGGUGCCAUCCGUUCGGCCGUUCACCACAGAGGAACUGGCAAUGUUUGACGGAUCUCAGUCGGAGCGUCCUAUUUAUGUCGCUGUGAAUCGACGGGUGUUCGAUGUGACCCAGGCCGCGCACCACUAUCGAGCAGGCGAGCCGUACCACAUCCUAGCAGGGCGCGACGCCAGCCGAGCACUGGUGUUUGCGGACCUCUCCGCAGAGAUGGUGGAUCCGACGAAGCCACCGCUCGAUAUCAAGAUGCUCACAUCUGAGCAGCGUCACAGCCUGGAGCAGUGGACGCAGUACUUUGCCAAAACGUAUCCCGAGGUAGGUUAUCUCGUCUAA